CCCAGUCAUCUUGUCUUUUAUGCAAAUAUUUGUUCAUAAGUAUUAUCUGAUCAAAACAAAUGUGACAUGGCAGGCUGCACAGAAUUACUGCAGGGAAACAUAUGAUGACCUGGCUACAGUAGAAACUGACCUUGAUUGGUUAAUACUAAAGAAAGAAUUGGCAGCACAAGGCCUAAAUGAUGUUGUCUGGGUCGGCUUGUACAAUGAUAGCGACAGUUGGCGCUGGGCCUUUAAUGAUAUCCCAAUGAAAAAUACAUUCUCACACUGGAACACUGAACAGCCUGAUAAUUUGGGUGGGAAUCAAGCAUGUUGUCUAUCAGGUCCACUUGGAUACUGGUGGGAUUACACUUGCACACUCCUUUUUCCCUUCAUAUGCUUCAAUGCUAAUAUCAGUGCUGCUGGCAGAUAUGUGGGUGUCACUUCUGCAAUGAACUGGAGUGACGCUCACGCUUACUGCCAAGAAUUUCAUACAGAUUUGGCUGUUCUCAGCAGCACAGAGGAAAAUGACAGGAUGCAGAGCAUUGCAUAUGUGCAGGGACGAUCUUGGAUUGGCCUAUACAGGGACACCUGGAAGUGGUCAGACGGGACAAACACAUCGAGCCUCAUGUGGCUUGCUGGACAGCCUGAUAAUUAUUAUCAAAAUGAAAACUGUGCUGUGCUUAAUAAUGGAUGGUUCAAUGAUGUAAAAUGCCACCAGCUCCACUAUUUCAUCUGCCACACCACUCAUCUACUGCGGAAACAGCAAACAGUGAAACUGAAAGUAAAGUCUUCUGAUGAGAGUGUGACUGAUUCUGACAUGCAGUCGGCCAUUUCAGAGCUGAUCAAGAUGAAGCUGGAUAAAAAUGGCAUGCUGGAGAACACCACAGUGACCUGGAGAGUGCAGUCAGAUGGACAAGUUUUUCAAAAAUAAAAAGGAAAAAAAUGAACUGUAAAUGCUUGGUCCCUUUGUUCAUGUUUA